AUGGCGCCUAGCGAGUCGUCGAUCCUCUCCAGCUUCCUACUUCCUCCCGCACCGCUUCAGACCAUAAUCACCCUGCGCCAAUUCACCGACCUCUUCCCGCGCGCCCUCCAGUCCAAUCCCGCCAUCCCUAGGCUGUACCGCGAGCUGCAGCACCAACGUGCCAUUGAUACCGAUGACGUGAAGCGCAACAUUGCCGCCGAGUGCAAACGCGGCGAACGGCAAGCGCGCGAGGUCGCACGAGCGAGGAGGCGCGAUGAGGCUGCCGACAGCGCUGCGGCCGGUCUCACGCGCGGAGAAGAGAUGGAUGUAAUGAUGGAAGAGGACCUCCACGGACGCACUGGCGCUACUACCGGCCGUCGGAAGAAGCGGACAGCGGAGAUGGUCAUCGAGGACAUGGAACAAGCUGAGCGGGAUAUUGAAGAGGAAAUCGCGGAAAUCGAGGAAGAGACUGAGGCCGUAUUGGAAGACCUCAAGGGUAUUGUUGGCGAUCUUAGUGAUCUGAGAUACGGCCGUUUCAACAAGCCAGCUGGUGGUGGUGAAGAAUUGGGGCAAGAGACAGUGACCACUCUCCGACAACUACAGGCGACUUGCCAGGAUAUUGGGAACGGCUGA